AUGCAGCCCACCUUCCCCCUGCCCGAAGCCGAUGCCCUGGCCCACAGCGACCAGCUGGCCGCCGCCCUGCGCGCCGAGAUCCUUGCGCAGGGCGGGGCAAUGCCGUUCUCCCGCUUCAUGGAGCUGUGCCUGUACACCCCGGGCUGGGGCUAUUACAGCGCCGGCGCCAGCAAGUUCGGUGGCAGCGGCGACUUCACCACCGCGCCCGAGCUCGGCAGCCUGUUCGCCGGCAGCGUGGCCAAUGCCCUGGCGCCGGUAUUCGCCCAGCUGGGUGCGCAGGCGCGGAUGCUGGAGCUGGGCGGCGGUACCGGUGCCUUCGCCGAGGCCGUGCUGCUGCGCCUGGCGGAGCUGGACGCGCUGCCCUCGCGCUACGCCAUCCUCGAACCCAGCGCCGACCUGCGCGAGCGCCAGCAGCAGCGCCUGCAGCAGAAUCUGCCGGCCGAGCUGGUCGCGCGCGUGGACUGGAUCGACCGCCCGUUCGAAGAGGACUGGGAGGGCGUGGUGUUCGCCAACGAGGUGAUCGACGCGCUGCCGACGCCGCGCUUCCUGAUCCGCGACGGCGAGGUCUAUGAGGAAACCGUCGAGCUGGACGCCGAAGGUCGCUUCAUCCGCGGCGCGCAGCCGGCCGACAUCCUGCUCAACGGCGCGGUGCGCCAUAUCGAGCGCUAUCUGGAGAAGCCCUUCGCCGAGGGCUACCGUUCCGAAGUGCUGCCGCAGCUGCCGUACUGGUUGCAGGCAGUGGCCGGUGGCCUGCAGCGCGGUGCGAUGUUGUUCGUCGACUAUGGCUACAACCGCGGCGAGUUCUACCAGCAUGACCGCGACGAUGGCACUGUGCGUGCGUUCUACCGCCACCACGUGCACAACGACGUGCAUCGCUGGCCGGGCCUGCAGGACAUCACCGCCUCGGUGGACUUCACCGCGAUGGCCGAAGCGGGCCUGCACGGUGGUUUCGAGCUGGCCGGCUACUGCAGCCAGGCCAGUUUCCUGCUUGGCAACGGGCUGGACCAGGUAUUGCUGCUGGCCGAGGAGCGCACCGAUGAAGUCGGCCGCAUCCAGCUGCGCGACCAGGUGAAGAAGCUGACCCUGCCGACCGAAAUGGGCGAGCGCUUCCAGGCAAUCGGCCUGCAGCGUGGCGUCGAUUUCGAGCCGGCCUUCGAAUUGGGUGACCUGAGCUGGCGGCUCGACAAGGGCGAGCACUUCCUGGCCUAUUUCAUCCUGGCCGGAAGCGCAGUGCAGCUGUUCCGGCGCGGCCGCCCGCUGCUGUGGGUGGGCGUGGGACUGGUGCUGAUGGGCAUCGGCAUUGAGUUCGCGCAGGGCGCGCUGACCAGCAACCGCACGGCUGAUCCGAUGGAUGCGCUGGCCAACACGAUCGGCGUGCUGGCCGGCAUGGCUACCGUAUUGACCCCGCUGCGCGAUCUACUGCUGCGCUGGCGCGGGUAA